AAAUCGCUCCGCGUCCGGCGUCCAUUAUUUUAUUAAUAAUUAUUACUAAAAUCUCUUUCAAAUACUGUGCAUUGCAACUGAUUCAUAUGCGUUUAAAAUAACUGAUUGAAUUCAUUCACAAUGUCUACGGAUAACAUAGAAAAAUUGUACCAGAAUUAUGGUAUUCUGGCCGAAGCUAAAGAUAAAAUCACCGAGCAUGAAAAAGAAUACUUGGAAAUAUUAGCAGCUGUGAAAGGAUCUGACAAGGAAAAGCGUCUAGCAUCGCAGUUCAUUGCGAAAUUUUUUAAUAGUUUCCCAAAUCUAACGGAGCAGGCUAUAGAGGCCCAGUUCGAUCUAUGUGAGGAUGACGAUGUUGCUAUUCGUAAACAGGCUAUAAAAGAUCUACCAACUAUGUGUAAGAAUAACAAAGAGCAUACAAAUAGAAUAGCAGAUAUUUUGGCGCAACUCCUGCAAUCAGAGGAUUCUACUGAGAUCAAUGUUGUUAAUAAUUCUUUGUUAGCAAUUCUCAAAACUGACCCAAAAGGAACCUUAGUUGGAUUAUUUUCUCAAAUUCAGCAAAGUACAGAUAGCGAGGUCCCCAAUGAAAUUGUUAGGGAGAGAUGUAUUAAGUUUUUGGCCAGUAAAGUAAAACAGCUGGGUAGAGACAUAAUUGACAAAGAAUGUGAAGAUCUUAUUGUAUCAGAAGGGAAGAAAAUUUUACAGGACUCUGUUGCUGAAGAAUUAGAGCAUGUCAUGGAUUUGUUAAUGUGGUCUAAGCUGGGUAAGACUCCUGCUGGAAGAAAAGAGUUGACUCAACUUAUCGCAGCACUGGCUUUCACUCCUGGGGAUUGGCAUCCUGAGGAUCCUGAAUAUGUCGACAGACUUUUGCAAUGUACUCAACAUGCAUUGCCAUUAUUUACGGCACAAGUAGAUUCUACACAAUUUGUGAAUAUAUUCUGUGAAAAUGUCUUACCAAAGUGGGAUGACAUAACUGAACAAGCCGGUGCUAGUGAUGUAAAGCUAGAACUGCUUAAAACAUUUGCUGAAAUAACAGAACAUUGUGGAGAGCUUGAAAACACUCAGGAUAAAAUAAAAACUGUCUAUGAUGUCUUGAUGAAAUAUUUACCAGAAGCUCCAAUAGAAAAUGAGGAAGAAAAUGCGAAAAAAACUGAAGAAAGCGAGGAGAAACCAGCAGAAGAAACAAAAUCUUCAGCACCAACACCAUCACUACAGUUCUCUCAUGUAGAGUGUGCCCUGUUUGCACUACAUUCCUUAUGCCGUAAAGCCCCAGAAGCAUUAGGUGCAGAUGCUGACCGACUUAAAGCUCUUCGUUUACGACUCCAAUAUACUGCACGCUUAACUCAGGGCUAUAUAAAGAAACUCAAGGAGGUCACUCAGGACAAGAAAAAUGAAAAUUCAGAAGAAAACAAACUGAAGAUUGCAGCAUUGAAAACCACUUCAAAUAUCAACACCCUCAUCAGAGACAUUUUUAGGACUCCACCCAGCUUUAAAAGCAAAGUUCAACUAUCAUUCCAAACAAAGAAAGCUGAAAAAGAGAUUACAGCUUCAAGUGACCAACCAAGUAAAGAUACAUCUGGAUCAAAGCGACACAGGCCUAUUACUUUUGACAAUGGCUCUCAAAAUGAGUCACCUGAAAAACGUGCUCGAAGUGGGGACAGAAACCUUAAAAUGUAUACUCCACCUUCCGGGAAAUAUAGCUCAAGAUUAAACAAUGCUGGUGGAAGAUUUUCUGGGCCUAACUCUGGCAGGGGUAGAGGAGGUUAUGGAAGGAGAGACUUCCGAAACAGUGGUGGCCAAUACAGACGACGAAACAACUAUUAAAUGGCUACCUUUUUCGAUUAAGCCUUACUCUCCUUAACUCAUAGAACAUUUGUAAAGAAAAGCAAAAUUACACGUUGCGUUUAAGCAUAGAAGACAGUGUAAUAGUUGACAAGAGAAGUUCUAACUUGGGGGACUUUUGUGUGUUAAAAUGGUUGUGUGUUAAAGUGACCCUGGAAUGAAUCAUUGGAGAAGUAUGAAUGUUUAGUUUUUUUGUUGACAGUUUUUAUUUCUGCUGCAUUGGAGUCUUAUAGUUUUUUGGUCGGUUGGUAUUUUUCAGGAUAACAUGUACACCAAACACCUAAUUUCCUGAGGACUCAGUGUAAGUAUUUAUAUGUUUAACCAUUUUUUCCACGGAAGUUUUGCUGAGAAUGGAGCUCACAUUAGCAGUAAUAGUCUUAAUCAUUAUUAUUGUAGUAGCAAUAUAAUGUAUUAGGGUGCAACAAAUGCAUGCGGUAAGUGGGACUGAUCGAGUUCUUCCUCUGCAUAAGCUUGUAAGUAUUUAACAAAUAUUUUACUCUGAUAGCAGUUGGAACUGACUACAUAACAGGUCAUUGUGUAAGUUUAUCACAACAAGUGAUUUAGAAUAUUAAAUAGCACAUUAGAAUCCAGAAAUCCUGGCAGCAAUGUUGUGAGUAUAUUUUUAUAAUGUAGUACCUACUUCCCUUAGUUUGCACCAGAAAUUCAUGGACUCCUGCGUGGUGAUAGUCUGCUCAGUGGUCAAAGAUCUUUUUUAUUUCAGAAUUCAGAGUUUUA